AUGGCUAGCGGUCUCAAAGCUGCCACCCGUUAUGGCGCCCAAAGUGUAACUCAAUUGGCCGGCUCCACCUCUUCCCUGCGUCGAACACUCCAGGCUAAUGGUCUCCGACGAUUUGCCCACCAGACACAAACCACUCCUGCCACCUCCCCCUUCGCUCCUCGCCAUCUCCUGUCCAUUGCAGACCUGACUCCUGCGGAAUUCGCUACCCUGGUGCGCAAUGCCGCCUCUCAUAAACGUGCCAUCAAAUCCGGCUCCAUCCCGCAAAGCCUCUUGGGAUCUAUGUCGGGCAAAACCGUCGCCAUGAUGUUCAACAAGCGGAGUACACGUACCCGUGUGUCUACCGAGGCUGCCGCCGUGCAGAUGGGUGGCCACCCUAUGUUCCUUGGCAAGGAAGAUAUCCAACUCGGUGUGAACGAAUCCCUCUACGAUACCUCCGUCGUGAUCUCCUCCAUGGUUUCCUGCAUCGUCGCACGAGUCGCGAAGCACUCCGAUGUGGCCGAUCUCGCCAAGCACUCGUCCGUUCCCGUCAUCAAUGCUUUGUGCGAUUCCUUCCACCCCCUGCAGAUUAUCGCCGACUUCUUGACGAUUUACGAAUCAUUCACACCCAAGGCUCACGACCUCUCCAGCCUCGGUCUGGAGGGCCUGAAGAUCGCGUGGGUGGGUGAUGCCAACAACGUUCUCUUCGAUCUUGCUAUUGGUGCCACCAAGAUGGGUGUGGACGUGGCCGUUGCUACCCCCAAGGGCUACGAAAUUCCCGCCGAUAUGCUCGAGAUCAUUCAGCGUGCUGGUGAGGGUGUCUCCACUCCCGGCAAGCUCACCCAGACCAAUGUUCCCGAGGAGGCCGUGAAGGAUGCCGAUAUCCUGGUGACCGAUACCUGGGUUUCCAUGGGCCAGGAGGAAGAGGCCAAGAAGCGUAUGAAGGCCUUUGAGGGCUUCCAGAUCACGGCUGAUCUGGCCAAGCGUGGUGGCGCCAAGGAGGGCUGGAAAUUUAUGCAUUGCCUCCCUCGACACCCCGAAGAGGUCAGCGAUGAGGUUUUCUAUAGCCCGCGCUCUUUGGUAUUCCCCGAAGCCGAGAACCGUCUGUGGGCGGCUAUCUCGGCACUGGAGGGCUUCGUUGUGAACAAGGGUAAGAUUGUGGAGUAG